AUGCACUUCAAAUUUCUCAUUCUUCCCCUCGUCACCCUCGGUCUGGCCUCCCCCGCUCCCGCGCCAUCCGGUGGGCUCCUAUCUGACCUGCCUGAUAUCGUGGACAACGUCAAAGACCUGCUUAGCCAGGACACCAUCGACGAUCUACAGACGAUUGUCAAAGGCGGCGCAGUGUUGCUGGGAGGUGACACGCCGCAGAAUCUCAGGAACUUGCUGUCCAAGGAGAAUAUCGACAAACUGCAGGAUGUCAUCGACAAUGCGCAUACUCUGAUCACGACGUCAUUUGUCAAUGAUACUUCGGAGCUAGUGGCGGAUGCAGCACCGUUGGUUGCCGACGUCUCGAAGCUGCUCGGAGGGAUACUAGCGUCUGUUUGA